AUGAAGUGGGACAAUGAGACCACAGUCAAUGAGUUCAUUCUUUUGGCAUUCUCCAGCCUAGGUCACCUCCAAAUCCUCCUCUUCUUUGUGUUUCUUCUUGUUUAUCUGAUGACUGUGAUGGGAAAUCUGCUCAUCAUUUUGACAAUAAUUCUGAACAGCACUUUGCACAGCCCCAUGUAUUUCUUCCUCCAAAUCCUUUCCUUUGCAGAAGUUGGAUUCACUUCCACUAUAGUCCCUAAACUGCUUGUGAACCUUCUAUCUGAGAAGAAGACCAUUUCAUUAUCAGGAUGCAGGGCCCAGAUAUAUUUUAUCUUCUUCUUUGGGUCAAUGGAGUGCUUCAUAUUAAUUGUCAUGGCAUAUGACCGCUUUGUUGCCAUAUGCAACCCUCUACAUUAUGCAGUCAUAAUGAACAAGAAGUUCUGUAUGUUGCUGGUAGCAAUUGUGUGGGUUUUGGUAAUCCCUAUUGCAACUAUACAGAGUACAUGGCUGCUGAGUUUCCCAUUCUGCAAAUCCAAUACAAUUUCUCAUUUCUUCUGUGAUACUCCACCAAUUCUUCAGCUAGCCUGUUUGGACACUUCCCGGUUUGAGAUAUUCACCCUCAUAGAAACAUUUAUACUUUUCCUCUGCCCCUUCAUGUUGAUCCUGGUCUCCUACAUUCAUAUUAUCAGCACUAUUCUGGGAAUGACUUCAGUGGAGAGGAGGCGGAAAGCCUUUUCCACCUGCUCUUCACACAUUAUUGUUGUGACACUGUUUUAUGUAUCUGCAGGUCUGACACAUUUUCAUCCUAAAUCAAGUUAUGGCCCAGCAAACCGGCACCUGCUUUCUCUCUCUUAUGUGGUAUUUACACCCUUACUAAAUCCCUUAAUCUAUAGUCUACGAAACAAGGAAGUCAAGGGAGCCUUAACCAGGUUUAUCAAAAGGAAAAUGCAUUGCUGUGAAUGA